CGUAGAGAAACCAGCACACGCGGUGAAUAAAGGCUUUGAAAAUGCUGUUGAGCACGGGCUUUCAGGAAUACUUUAAGGCCACAGACAAUCUUGAAAUGCGUCAGGUCAAGGAAGAUGAAGAGGGACAAUUGAACAUGGACGAGCAACCAGAAGAGAUGUCGGAGAGGCAAAAAUCUGAAGAUCUAGACAUCGUCAAGAAACACUUGAAAAUGGCAGAAGCAAAAGUGGAUUCAAAAUUGACUGUCAGAUUCUUGAUACUGAGUCAGGAUGCUGGCGGAAUAAUUGGAAAGGAAGGUGCAAAUAUCAAACGAAUCAUAGAGAAGAGCAACGCCCAAGUAAACAUCACAGGAACAGCUGGAAUUGAAAGAGUUCUUAAUGUUACUGGAUCAGUGGAUGAAAUAUCUACAGCCGUAUGUCUUAUUGCCGAGAGAUUGGAGGAGAUAACUGGACCAUCUUCAUAUGGACAGCAGUCGGAUCAUGUGCCCCCUGUCACUAUAAGACUUUUGGCACCAAACAGCCAAUGUGGACCACUUAUCGGCAAAGGAGGAUCUCGAAUUAAGGAGAUUAGAGAGGCUUCAGGAGCAACCAUCACUAUCCCGUCUGAAAACCUUCCUGGUUGUUCUGAAAGAGCAGUUACCCUAUCAGGUAGCCCUGAAGCUUUAGGAAUCUGCAUGGAAAAGAUCUGUGAUAUAUUUGUUGAGUUUCCACCCAGAAACAACAACAUCAAAUUUGUUCCUUCCAUGGGAGGCUUUGGUGGGGCCAGCCCUCAAGUUCUGUCACUGAUGACUAACCAGCUGUCGUUUACUGGCCUUUCGAGACGCACCCAGCAGAAGAUAACUCUCCCAAGCAGCGUCAUCGGGUCUGUUAUUGGCAAGGGGGGCUGCCACAUCAAUGAAGUAAGGCGAUUUUCUGGCGCCAAUAUUCACAUUGAGGAAGCAAAAGGACGCCGAAGCACUGUAACGCUUUCUGGAGCGCCUGAAGCUGUCAGUUGUGCUAAUUUUCUUAUCAAUGCAAGAAUACAAGCUGGACGCACUGCACAGAACAGAAGCCGUAUGAAUUCAAGACCACGAAAUUAAAAACAUUCAUACAUUACUUUCAAACUUAUUCUCAUCUUCAUACAUUUAACACUUACAUGAAAGAGUAGCGGGAAAGUCGGCCGGAUUAGGCCAGUUUGUAGGAGAAAUUUACUAAUAUAAAGCAAAAUCGAGAUUGUUUAUCAAGUUGGUUUGCAGAUUCAUCGUUCUAUAGAAAGAUGAGUAUUUAAAGUAGCUUUGGCCUGUAAAUGCUGCAUUUUUGCAGUGAACUUGCCGUUCAUAUUUCACAGAUAUUGACUUAUGCCUGUGUUGACGUCUAUAUAGCGAGGAGAUGGAAGAUUUGACGAGACUAUGAUUGUAGCAUGAAACUUGAAACGACCGCUAA